AAUCCCCACAUUCGUCCCCCUUCUCCGGUCCGGGUCUCCCCCCUCCCCCGCUCCCUCUCGCGUUCUCCGCCUCCGGCCCACCACCAGAGCGGAGACCAGCCCGCCCGCGUCGCCGGAGGCCGUCGCCUCGCCGCCAACGCCCAGUCAAACGCACGCACGCACGCUCUCACCAACCACCGCAGCAGCCCGGGCCGAGCUCCUCCUCCCGUCCCACCGGCCCCGCAAUUCCCCAAAACCCCCGAUCCCCGCCCAUGGCGUCGGAGAUCGAGGUGCUCGAGGACACCACCGCCGCCGCUGCGCCCGCCGCGGCGGAGGCGCCGUCAGUGGCGGAGGUGGCGGAGGAGGAGGCGCUCAAGGACGACGUGUACACGGCGGCGGCGUACGGCGAUCUGGAGAAGCUGCAGCGGCUGGUGGAGGCGGAGGGCCGCCCCGUCGGCGGGACCGACGCCUCCGGCUACUACGCGCUCCAGUGGGCCGUCCUCAACAACCGCGUCGCCGCCGCGCAGUACAUCCUCGAGCAUGGUGGAGAUGUAAAUGCUGUGGAUCACACCGGGCAGACAGCACUUCACUGGAGUUCCGUACGUGGUCACAUACAAGUUGCUGAACUACUUCUGAAAGAGGGAGCUAAGGUGGAUGCUGCUGAUUUAUAUGGCUAUCAGGCCACACAUGUUGCAGCGCAGUAUGGCCAGACAGCAUUUAUUUAUCACAUUGUUGCAAAAUGGAAUGCCGAUCCAGAUGUCCCUGACAACGAUGGAAGAAGCCCAUUGCACUGGGCUGCUUACAAGGGGUUCGCAGAUUCGAUACGUCUUCUUUUGUAUUUGGAUGCUCAUAGGGCGCGGCAGGAUAAGGAAGGUUGUACUCCUUUACAUUGGGCUGCUAUCCGGGGUAAUCUAGAGGCAUGCACUGUGCUAGUUCAGGCUGGGAAAAAGGAUGACUUGAUGGUGAAAGACAAAACUGGUUUAACUCCAGCGCAGCUUGCUGCUGAUAAGAAUCAUCGACAAGUUGCAUUUUUUCUUGACAAUGCUAGAAGGGUACAUGACAGUGGAUGUAAUGGGAAUCCGACAUUUGCAAAGCUAUCAAAAGUAGGGCUUGCUCCUCUUCUUUGGUGUAUUGCUGUUGUAUUGCUUGCUACAUAUAUACAUUCUGUUAUAGCAGGACAAUAUAACAUGAGUAUGACACCAGCAUUUGGGCUAUUUGCAUGGUCCGGAGUUUUCGUUGCAACUGCUGGCUUGGUCAUGUUCUAUAAAUGUAGCAGGAAAGACCCUGGCUACAUCAGUGCGAAUACAAGAGACUCACAUAAUCAAAGGGAUGAUGAACCCUUGUUGAAGAUGGAGUUAGACAAUCCUGCACUUCUGACUGGUAACUGGUCACAGCUUUGUAUAACCUGCAAAAUUGUCAGACCUGUUCGUUCGAAACAUUGUUCUACAUGUGAUCGCUGUGUUGAGCAGUUUGACCAUCACUGCCCCUGGGUAUCUAAUUGCGUCGGCAAGAAGAACAAAUGGGAAUUCUUCAUGUUCAUCACUCUAGAAGUAAUUGCAAUGAUCAUUACUGGUUCUGCUGCCAUCAUAAGGACUGUAAGUGACCCAGCUUCUCCAGCAUCCUUUGGCGAUUGGCUUGGCUAUUCUGUUGUUUACCAUACUGGAGCUGUUUCUUUUUUCAUGAUGGACCUUUUCAUUUUCUUUGGUGUUGCAUGUCUAACUGGAGUUCAAGCAUACCAGAUAGCAAGGAACAUCACAACCAACGAGAUGGCCAAUUCCAUGAGAUACACUUAUCUAAGAGGUCCAGCUGGCAGAUUCAGAAACCCGUUCGACCAUGGGGUGCGCAAGAACUGCUCAGACUUCUUGGUAAACGGGUACAAUGAGGACGUUGAGCGGCUCGAGCAUGCAUCACGCACUGACGAAGAAAUAGGAAUGAUACAGAUGACAAGUGCAGUCUCACAGAAUGGCGAGGGCCAUUCCCAUCAUGGUAAUUGCGAUGACCAUGCCUGUGCUGAUUCACAUGCCAACUCAAACUCUCACACUCAAGGUGGUUCCUCUCAGUGUUGCGACCACAGCAAGAAGAAUGAGAGGACACCAUUCGGCCUAGGACUCGGCCUUGGACGAAACAGUGCUUCCCGGCAGUAUAUCCGGAAUCUUCUUCCACUAUGAUUCGUCGCUUGGAGAUUGUGAGUUGUCGCAGUAGAUCGUACACGCUCACUGCUCAGGCUCCAUCGUCCAUUUAGCCUACUGUGGACAUGUUUGUGCUAAUAUCGUCGAGGGCUAGCCAUGGAGAAUUCGGACAUGCUCAUAUCUUUGGGCGCUAGGUGUUCAUAUUAUACAGGAGAUGGGUUGUAACAAUGGGCUCACGGAUAUCCGCCAGUCUGCAUUUCGAAAAUGUUACUAUGUAGAACAGGAUAGCAAAUUCUUUGCAUAUGCAGGCGUGCAGUGGCGUGACAGUCUUCAACAUUCCCGUACCCAUCAGGAUCGGCGAGAGUACAAUUGAGCUGUUCGGCACCAUAUACACACUUGGGAAAAUGUAGCUGUAAUUUGUAAAUGUGAGGGAAAUUGUAAAUUGAUUAGUAGCUUCACUGUGGCUUAAGCUGCUUUCUUCUUUUCCAUUUCUCAUUCAUUUUGCGUAGGAUAUUGUUAUACGGGACGGCAAGAGUUUUGUGGGUGUUGCAUUAUGACACCAAUUUGGUAUUUUCUGAUGCACUGGUGUUUGUACAAACUGUAUUCUGGAGUGGUGGUGAAGGAAGGUAACUUGCUGUAACAAAA